AUGCGACGCGGCGUGAUCUGCGUGGGUCGAGGAACAGCAACAGCGCCGCGAAGUCGGCUCGGCACCGACGAACGGCGAGCGCAGCUCUUGGAGUUGGGCGUCGAGAUCUUCGGCGCCAAGAACUACGACGAGGUCUCGAUCGACGAGAUCGCCAAGCGCGCCGGCAUCUCGAAGGGGCUCCUCUACCACUACUUUUCAAACAAGCGAGAGUUCUACGUGGCCUGCGUUCGGGCCGGCGCGGAAGCGUUCGAAGAGGCCGUGCAACCCGACAAAGACCUGCCUCCAAUCGAACGGGUCUACCAGGGCCUCGAACGUUAUCUCGACUUCGUCGAAGCGCGCGCCGACGCGUACCAGACCCUGUUGUCCAGCGGCAUCGGCGUCGAUCCCGAGGUCGCAGAGAUCGUGAAUCGAUGUCGCCGCGGACUCGCGGAUCGCAUGGUGACCGACGCCGGCAUCACGACCCCGAUACCCCCACUGAGAAAUCUGGCGCGGGCGUGGAUCGGUGCGGUCGAAGCAUCGAGCCUCGACUGGCUCGAGCACCGGGACAUCGAAAGAGACGCACUCAUUCAAACGCUCGUCGGCAUGCUCGUGUCGACGCUCCAAACGGUCCUCGAUGGCGCGUCCGUCUUGGAUGAGGUUCAGGGCGCAUGA